AGUGUAUAUUUGGUUGCAAACACUUUCCUGUGUUACCUGAUUUUUAUGUUUUAGCUUGAUUUUAAAAUGAAUCAUUUAAAAAGUUUCAAUCGUUACCUAACUCUUUUAAAGUACAACUGCUUGCAUAAAAGCAAGUGUUCAUCAGUGAUACAAUAUGCACAGACUACGAAUUAUUCAAAAUCAGCGAACGAUGACAAAUCUAACCUUCAAUUGGGUGAUAUGAGCUCCAAAUAUAAACCAUUUAAGGAGGAAGAAUCUGAUUUAAUAUUGGAUGUUUUUGAAGAAAGAGAAAGAUUUAAAUAUCAUAAGGAUCUGCUUGAUGAGCAUGAUAUGCCUGAAGAAGACGAUAUAUACAAAGGCAUUAAUUUGCAAAGGGGUAUAACUGGAGUUUAUGAUAUUGAUGAUUUGGUGGAGUUACUGAAACGGGAAAACGCUGUAGAUAUAUUCGUCGCGUAUGUGCCACCCGAUCACAACUAUGUUGAUUAUAUAGUUGUGGUGACUGGUAAAUCAAAAAAGCACAUGCUAGCAAUUACACAAUUUGUCCGUAAAGUUUAUAAACAAAAAAGGAAUGAAAGCGAUGAUAUACCAAAGGUAGAAGGAGAAAACUCAAAUGAAUGGAUGGCCAUGGAUUUGGGAAAUAUUGCUCUACACGUGUUUUCACCUGAUGCUAGAGAAUACUACGACUUGGAUUCAUUAUGGGCAGUUGGGCCGGAAUAUGACAAGGAAUUCAACAAGAAAGAUGAUAUUGUCGACAUGCUAGAGAAGCACUCGAUGUUUUUGAAAGAUCUACAUCCUGCAACAUGAGAAAACCGAAAAUAAGUUAUUCUAAGGUGUAAGAAUUGUGUGUAAAGAUUAUACAAUCACUAAUUAAGUGCAUUUGCUUAUAGUGUUACAACUGUGAUCUAAAUCUAGAUGAUAAUUUAUUAGUAUAAUUUAUUACUUCUAAUGAAUCACAUUUAGAUUGAACUUAAUGUUUCACACUUUAAUACUUUUGCUUUAGAGAAAUUGUUCAAAUAAAUUCACAUUAAUCAACUGUAGCAAAA